GGUAGGGGGAGGAGAGGGGAGAUGUGGAAACUGGUGAACUCCAGAUUGAGGUCCCGAGGCGGAAGAUAAGGCAUUCCUCCUCCAGGCAUCGUGUGUUUAGGGUCUGGCGAUGGAGGACCCGACGCCUGAGGAAGAACGCCUCGGAACCCUCCAACCCCGCGGGAUCAAUGUGUAUUUCACCAGUUUCCACACUCCCCUCCCCCCACAUCUUGGUACCGCCCUCAUGACCUGUCCCACCUGUCAGCUCCGCCCUCCUCUCCGACCUAUCACCUUUACCCCCACCUCCGUCUACCUAUCGCACUCUCAGCUACCUUCCCAGCUCCAUCCCCACCCCCACCCACUCCCAUUUAUCUCCCAGCCCACAGGCCUCAUUCCUGAUGAAGGGCCUAUCCCCGAAAGGUCGAUUCACCUGCUCGUGCGACCCUGCACCCGUAUCGGGGAGGCGGGGCUUGGCGGGCAGACGGCAACAGGGAGCAUCUUCAAAAAGUCUAGGACCCAUACGGUUAAGAAGGCAAAUGAGACACGUACAGUGCCAAUUCCAGGUCACUUCAAAUACACCUCAGUGAAUCUGCAGUGUGUCCACUAUGGACAGCCACGCAUUCGAUCCACUGGGGUGAGACCAAAACAGAGGUAUCUUGCGAUGGGUUGUGAAGCCUGCAUCACAAUUCAUCUUGACCCGAACAAGAACCGGUUGUGUGUCACUGCCUACCAUCUCAUACACUCUGGCCACAUCCUGGAUCCAGAUCUUUUACGGCAUCUUGGCCUGUCUUUGGAACGACUGGCUCCUGACUGUCGCCAGCGCAGAACAUGGCAACCCAUGGCAGAUGCUGUAUCAGUUGUACAGCAGCAACCCUACCCUCUCACCACUGAAGAGAAACACAGUUUACUGAUCACCAGAUGGAAACAGCUGUCACGUACAAUGCUGCAGAGUGACACAAAGCGUUUCCAUAGGCAACUAGACUGGCUGGAUCGGCAAAUUCAACACUGGCAGCAAGAGAUGGAAGACGGUAUAGAAUGUUUUAAUGAGAAUUACGGGCCCAGUGAUGUGCCACUCAAUUGGCAAGAUACACCUCGGGAAAUUGUGGAGCAUUCAUAUGCCCGUCUGCAUCCAUCUCCAGAUCCUGCAGCUGUUUCUCAGCUAGGGACAUUUACCUCAGGGGUCAGUAAAAGUAGCAUUGCCACACAAACAUAUGCCGCCACAUGGAGUCCCUCCCAUGAGACAGCCAUUCAGGCACUGCUGAAGCUUCGUGAUUGUCAGUUACCACCCGUUAAGCAGCAGGGAGGGCCAAAUGGAUCAUGUGCUGAGGAGACAUUCAGUAGGAAGAGGCAGUGUAUGACAGAAAGACCGAAAGGGAUGUAUGUUGACAGUGUCAAUGUUGUCAUCCCUGCUCAGUCCAGUGUGCCAGGACAGCAACAAAGACAGUAAGAUUGUCAUACCACAAGAGGCAAUGAGGAAAUCCCAGAGCAAGUACAAGGAAGAUACCUCUGAAGCACCUCACAAGCCACAAAGAACAUGCUCUGGCCACGAUAAGGAUGAUGCUCUCCCAACCGCUAUGAGUACAUCAGCCUCGCCACUAGGAACCGGCAUCACCCACCACCAGGAAGAUGUUGGCUUAAGGAGGACACCAGCCCAGCCCAUUAGGAAGC